UGAAAUAAUGUUAAAAUAAAAUUAAAGUUAAUUUUUAAUGUAUUACGAUAUUAAACAAAUGUUAUAUUUUCCUCCAACGGAGUAAUCUUAUUUACUAAAAUUUAUCCCCACGUACAAGAAUAUGUCGGUGUAAAAAAAAAAAAAAAAAUAAAUCAUACAUGUCUGAACAUCUGUGAUAGCUUGGAUAAAUAUGUAUCACAUAAAUAAUAUUUUGAAAGAUGAUACUCUUGCCCACAGGGCUAAUAUCAAUUUCAAUCUAAAUAUGUAAUUACAAGAUUAAUUAUAUUAAUCUCUUCUUUGUGAUACUUGAUAUUUUUUAGUUUUAAAAAUUACUCGAAUAGAAUAUAAUUUAUUAUUAUUUAUCGAGUGAAAGUAAAUUAAAUAAAAGGAUAAAAUAGUCAACUUGCGAAAGCGAUAAUAUAAAUUUAUAUUAGAUUCGUCUGAUUUAAAGACAUUAAGCCAGUGUUAUGUGUUUAAGAUACUUACGGAUUGGCGCGAAAUAAAUCGACUAACUAUAUAAGUGUAACAAAAGUACUACCGAUUAAAUUUAUCGAUUAUUGAAGUAGGUAGUAUUAAAGGAAAGUAUUGAAGAUAUUGUAAAUAUUGAAAAUGGCAAUCAACAGUCCGGGUCCGUUCACCAAUUUAAAGUCUCCAAGGAGUCCUCGGCAGCUUCCUCAAUUGCCCCCAUCAAUUUUAUCGAGCUCUGGGCAACGGAGUCCUAGCCAGCAGCUCCAAAACUUGGGCUGCAAAUCACCGAGCACGCCGCGGGUAUUUGAAUUCCCACCCGAGUACUAUCCCGAGACUCCAAAUGCCAAUUUCGACUUUGAAGAUUUUGGAAAAAUGUCGAGCUCUCGCAGCAGUCUUUUACCAGAGAGCGAUUCUUGCAGCAACGUCAACAGAAGUUCCAGUUUCUACAGUCAAAACUCAUUGGGCAUGAAAAGCCCGCGAGCUUCCGAGUCAAGCAAAUCCCCGGUAUUUUCGUUCUGCAAUCCAAAGAAGAAUUUCGGGAAAACACUGAGCUAUCCACCGAAAAGUCCAGCCUCUCCGAGUUCGCUGGGUCCAAUUAUAAGAAGCAGAUCACCCUCCUGUGGGUCAUCUCAAAGUUUCAGCCAAAAAAGCCCAAACUCUGCAGAUUACAGUCGUCGAAAUUCGUGCUUGAACCUUCGGCCUCUAAACUCACCAAAAACUAUCGUUACCUCAUCGUCACGCAGCCCGAGUCCCCGAGCUGCCGAUGCUGACGAGUUUGAAGAAUGUUUGACCAAAGACCUCGGUGAUAAGUUUUACAAAGGAGCAGAAAGUAAGACGGUAAAAAGACAGGAUCGAGAUAGUCCUCAGAAUAAAAGAAAAAGAUUGGGUAGCGUCCAACUCAACAAGAGUUAUGGUUGUCUGAAUGAGGUCACGGAGAAAAUCUCAAUGAGGUCUAGUGGAAAAAAUAUUUCACGUCGCUCCACAAGUGAUCUUACUGACGCGGCUGCAGUUGAUGAAAACGAAACUGAAAUCACUAUACUGUCCAGCCCCAGGCGGAGAGGAUCGAUGAAAGGAGGUUUAGCUUAUUUGGCAUCCAGGCGAGGCUCUCGUGAUAGCCAGGUUUCGAAUAUCUCUAAUAUCAGCAAUGAAGAUAUUGGACCACUGAAUUUCAGCGCUCAUCCGCGAGGCCGCCAGAGAAGAACUUCUAAUUUUCUUGAAUUGCCAGUUCCGGAUCACAUUCGACCUCGUGUCCACAGUUUACCGGAAAAACCAUAUAACCCACGAGCUGGUGAUGAUUUGUACAGACUUCGAGCGUUCAGUAUUACACAUAAAGGUGUUGUCAAUCGUGGGGAUUCCAUUAUCUCACGGCGUAGCAGAAGCAACACGUCGGUCAAUAGCAGCAGAAAUAGUAAUGUGUCUGGUGAAAGAUCACCGUUUGAAGGAUCUUGCUGCAGCGGGCAAGGGGCUGUGUGUGAUAGUACUGAAAGUGAAGCCGAAGAAGUUUCUAAGUACAGGGUAGUGUUACUCGGGGAUUCCGGGGUUGGUAAAACCGCGUUAGUUUCACAAUUCAUGACAAGUGAAUACAUGAAUACUUAUGAUGCGAGUCUAGAUGACGAAUUUGGAGAAAAAACAGUAUCUAUUCUUCUGGAUGGCGAGGAAUCUGAUAUGAUAUUUAUUGACCAUCCUCACGUGGAAAUGAGCUUGGAAAAUUCAUUGACUACAUACGAGCCGCAUGCGUGUGUGGUUGUCUAUUCAGUUGUAUCGCGUCCAAGUUUUCAAGUAGCCGAAGAUAUGCUAAAUUACCUUUGGCGUGAGCAUUAUACUCAAGAACGGUCUGUCAUUGUUGUCGGUAAUAAAUCUGAUCUCGCUAGAAGCCGCUGCAUUGACGCUAAUGAGGGGAAACAACUGGCAACAUCACGGGAAUGCAAGUUCAUAGAAACUUCAAGUGGAAUUCAACACAAUGUCGAUGAAUUACUUGUUGGGAUACUUAAGCAAAUUCGCUUGAGAGAGACGCGAGAUAAAAAAUUACGGAGACGGGGUAGUAAAAGUAAAAUGCUUACCAAGUUACACGGCAGUAAAACUGCCCUUAGUCUUAAUCUUGCCCGAGAAAUUUUAAAUAAAAUGUGCAUCAAUGACAGCAAAAGUAAAAGUUGUGAAAAUUUACACGUACUUUAAUGAAUAAAAUAUAUAUAAUUAUAAUUAUUCAAAUUAAAACAUAUCUUCCAUUAAAUUUUUCUCUUACAUGUUUUAUAGUUAAUAAUUAUUAUUCAAAUAUUUCUGUCAGAAAUAUUGAAUACAUUAUAAUAUUCAAUGUAAUGCCGU